ACCGUUAAUUUUGUGUGUGGGUUACACGAGAUUGGUUACACUUGUUAUUUUUGUCACUGGCUAUAAACAACUUUGGGCAUGGAUGCAGGUAAUCACUUAGGAGAGAAUGAACUCGAGGACCUGUUGAAGGAAUUUGAAGACGUGAUCGAGGAUUUUAAGGCUCCAGCUGCCAAGAACCCUUCAGUUUAUGAACGCCAUUUGCAAGAAGCGAAACAGCAGAGCGGCACAGAUAGUGGCUUCAGCGACUCCGAUCACAGCGGCGUCUCUUCUGCCAUAAGUAGCCUGAACAACAGUGAAGAGAAUUUAAAUAAGGUGGACACACUGGCGCCAUCAAAAGCAAAACUUGGUGACACAAGGGAUUUAGAAAAUUUUAUUGAAAAUCUUGACAAAGAACUAGCCGUUUGGAAGUUGGCAAACAUUUAUAAAAAUGGAAAUAAGUGAGGGACCAUUACAUUCGCCUACAGAAGAAAAUGUAUAGCAACUUAUUUUUCCUGGGGAUCCUGAAAUGAAAAAACUACCUGCUUUUUAAUGGAUCAUUCAUUUUCUUGUACACUGCAAAAACAGCUACAGCAGUAGGCUCGAUACAAAAGUAUAAAUCAGCCUUAAGUUGUAAACUGCUGUAUCGUCUUCUCCCUUUAAGUUUCUCCUUACUUUUGGACAGGUUGUUUAAUUCUAUUAUUACUUAAGAAUACUAUUUUCAUAAAGAAGGAUCAGGAUCUGGCUGCCCUGAAGUCUAACCAGAAAAAAGUAGAUCUUCAUCAGCAACACUGCUUGGCUGUGUCAGACCCAUGCAAUUUUCUUGUUCAUCCUUUCCAUUUUAAUCUAACAUAUCACACUUAGAUGUAUUAAUAUCAGAUAUCAGAAGUUAGCUAUAUAGAUACUGUAUUAGGGAUAACAUUUAUCACUUAUGUUAUUUUGCCAUAGAAUGACACUGUGACUUAGUCUCCUUGGUUCAAAUGUCAAAAUCUGUUUGGCUUUUUCAUAUUCUCCCUUACCUACAUAACAGAAAAAGGGCAGAUUAUGAUAAAUGAUAACUUCUCGAUCAUGGUAGGUGUCUAGUUUCUACUAGGGCAAAUAUGUUGUGUGACAUUGAGGCUGAGGGUGCUGGAGGAUAGAAGUCACACCAGUCUAAGCCCUUUGGAUGACAUUAGCAAAGGAUUAAAAGCGACUGUACGGGCAUGUAGUCUAUGUGUUUAGCCAGAAGGGUUAUAAUCACGGAAGGCAAUAGACCUUUGGGUGUGGAAUGAAUUCCCAUGUUUAGAUAAACUUUGUAAGAGUGCUGGAAACAGAAAAAGACCGAAUAGUGCAGGGACAGAGAGGGCAAGACGAGCAUAAGCAGGAUGAAGAAACAGAUUUACUUUGUUAGUUUCCUUACAGUUUCUGAUGCCCACACAGGGGGAGAAAGAUGGUAAGCAAAUUGGUAACAGCAGAGACAGUGACGCAUUACAAGCUACCAACCAAGUACCUGCACUGCAUCUGCUGUAGUAUCAAUUAUGACGUAUUGUAACUGAUAUACAAAUAUAUAUAUAAAAAAAACCUACAGGGACAUACAGUAGGGUUCCUGAGUAUAUCUCAGAAUCAUUGGGAGCAAAGCAGGAUACACCAAGGAGAGACAAGAAAACAUGCACUGAUAACAAAAGAUGGCAUAGCCUAGGAUCAGUAAGCCUGUAACUGUUCUGCCACCAGAAGUGAGAGUGAGAUAUGGCCUGGACCAGAGGGACACACACUCAUAAAUUGAUGAAUAUGUUCUCAGUGUAUAUUAUAUAAAACCUAAGGUAAAGUGGUAUCAAACUACACAUGCUAAAGCUAAAAAUGCAGUAGGGCAGUCAACAGGAAUCAUCUCUACCUUGUAUGAACUGAGGCCCAAGAUUGAAUUGUGAGGCCUGCAUAUUCAUGCCAUGCUGUCCUGCUGCAUUGUCAUUAGUCCUUCACAUUGAAUUAGUGAAACCAGAAUUUUUCAGCAUCCAUAAAUGGUAGAAUAAUAUUUCUGUCAAAAAUAAGUUUUUACCUUGAUCACGUUUUUGGUUGGCAGGUUUUUAUUUCCCUGUGACACUGACUAGGAGCUGAAAGUGGAUGAAGAAAAAUGCAAAAACAUUUCUGCAUUUUGUGUGGUUAAUCUUUCUUUUCAUAAAGGUCUUUGCAAAGGUGUUUACAUGAAUUUAUCUAAUAAUAGAACACUUAUCUGUGUGUCUCAAACUGUAAAUAUGGACUUCUGUGCUAUCAAUUCACUGUUUACAGUUUGGCUUUUAUUUAUUUUUAUUUUAUUUAUUGGUUUACUGCUCCCACCAUGAUCAACAACAUUCAUAAAGUACACAGUGUUCUGCAUUAUGAUUUGAACUACCUUGUUGGAACAAUGUGUCCUAGCUGAGAUGGGUGCUUUGUGCCAGAAGAUAAUCCACUUGAGACUUGCUUACCUGCUUCACCGAGUAAAGGGAUAGAAAAGGAUGAUUGCUUUGGAGGGAAAUGCUACUUGGUGUGAUGGUUCUGAGCUUCCUAAAAGGUGCUGUCUGCAGUGGGCUGAUGAAUUCAUCAAAGCUUUAGUUCCGCUUUGCUGAGAGAAAUGUGUGGCAUGCUUGCUUUGCUUGCUGUGAAGAGGUUUUAGUUAAUGGAGAGAAGUAUGAAAAUGUGUGAAGGCAGGUACUUACUGCACUCUGCUAGUAGAGAGUAAUUCAUUACUAAGACUAUUAAGGACCCAAGCAAUUAGCAGGAAACACUGACGCCUGACUCAUUCUGUACUACUAGACCAGAGUUUCUUCCUCUGCAUCUUAUGACUAAUGUCUUCUCAUUAUGUACGUCUUUUUCUUUUUUUU